CGGUGGUGCGCGGAGGGAGACUCAGGGUCCGUUGCGAGGUUAAAGGCGAGAGAACGCUACUGAGAGAAAGCUGCUCCUCAAUGUCGGAGCCCUUGGCCUCCCAGGAGCAUGGACGUGAACUCCUAAAGGGCAAUCACCAGCCCCACCUCAUACUUGGAGUCUGGGGCUGGCCAGUCAAAGCCGCCUCCCCUGAGAAAAGUUACCACAGUUUUAAAAGCAUAGAAUUUCUUAAAGGUUCGUAGAGUGUAAGAUAAACACCUAGGAGCAGGCCUUGUACUUGGUGGCCAGCUUGCCAGAGUCAGCUUGUUGACGCAGUCUUCACCACUGUUUCUUGGGUUAGACUUUUAGCAUAUUUGGGUACCUCACAUUGGGAAACUCUCAGACGGAGAAAGGUCGACGCAGAUGUUUGGGAUGUUAGAAUUGAUAACAGUUAUGGAGAAAGGAAUUGUAGCAACUGAAGAGGGGAGAAGAGUAAAUACUCAGUUUGGUAGUACUGAUUUGGUAGAUAUCUCCUGAAGUUAUUAACUCCUUGGCAUAGACCCGGAGUGUCACCAAAACUAAAGUGGAAAGCAGUUGUAAGUUUGCCUUAACCAAAAAAAGCAUCAGUCGUGGCCUUAAAAAUAGUGUACACAGAUUACUAUGGUUUAAAACAGAAAUUGCUAGGAAGAAGUUACAGAUCCUCAGAGUUAAUUUUAUUUCUCUAUAUAAAUGAAUGAGAUCUUGGGUAAUUUGGAGGAAGGAAAACUUCACCCUAAUUUCUUUUUUCAGUGCUAAGGAUGCCUCAGGCAGGCCAGACAAUCACUCUAUCCCUGAGCUCCAGCCCCAGCCCAUCCUUCUUGUGGGUCAUGAAAUGUACUUAGCUCAUCGUGUAGCAUGCACCUGCUCCUGGGAACGUGGUCUUGUGAAGGUCAAGAAAACCUCCCCAUUGUGUGGUUGGUUUGUAGUUUGUACAGCGUCUCACUGUGCAGCCCCAGCUGGUCUAGCACACUAUGUAGAUGAGGCUGGCUCUGUCUCCAGAGUGCUGGGAUAAAAGGCACACACACUACCCUCACACCCUGUCCCUACAGGAAAGCAGUUCUGGCAAGAUUUUCCUCGUCAUUCCUUAAGACUCCUUAAUAGACAUUAAGGUACCAAGAACCUAGAGUUAGAAAUCUAGGCAUCUAGCCACAGCGUGUACUAUCGAAGAAGGCUUUAGCACACCACUUACAGGAGAGAUGGCCUCUUUGCUCAACUGUUCUGAGAAUAAAAGAAACUGUGCCCAGUAGGUGGGUUAUUUCUAACACUUAUUGUGAAGGUACUGUUAAACAACAACAGCAUCAAAGUAAUACACUUCCCUUUCUCUCUGCCUCCCUCUUUUUCUUUUUCCUGUCUUCCCAUGGCACUAAGGGGCCACUCACAUAAAGGAGUUCUGAGUCACUGUCCCCAGCCCAUGAGUAUUAAAAUAAUAGCAACAGAUUGCAACCUAUUAAUGACAAAUCCAUGGUGAUAUAAAUGAGAAAAAAAGUUCUCCUUAUGAGGAAUGCCAACCAAAAAUAUAAAAGUAAUAAAGUAAUAUUAUCUGGGUAGAGUGGCACCCUCAGCACUGGGGUUGUGGAAACAGGAGGCAUGUGAGUAUGAUACCAACAUUGCAAGACCCUGUCUGGGAAACAAACAGAAGCAAAACAAAAUAGAACAGGCCAGAUAGUUCAGCAGGUAAAGGUGCUUGCUCCUUCCCUGACAAGCUGAGUUUGAUGGCAGGAACCCACAUAAUGUAAGGCCAGAAGUGAUUCCCACAAGUCCUCCACAUGUAUCUUGUUAUAAACAUACCUCCCUAACACAAUGAUCAAGAAUAAUUUUAAACAAGUAAUAUUAACAGAAACUGUAAACUCACAAGUCCCUCCUAAAUACAAGUAAACUAAAAGGCAAGAUGUCACUGGUCAACUUUUUAUUGCUAUGUUUUUUAAAACAAAACAAAAAUCAAGGUUCCUUGUAAAGCCUCUUCUUCCAAUAUAUCAGCCUAGACACAAAAUGAGAGAAUGUAGAACCAAUUACUGUAAUCACACAGAAUUCUGUGGAAAGAAAAUUCAAUUUAGGACCAACAGAUUUGUGGAACCUGAAUCCUGGAGUCAUGCAUCUGACCUCAGUCACUGGUCUGAAAGACCAAGGUGGUAGCUGUUUUCUCCAGGACAAACCCAUCUCAAUUCCAAAUUUGGGAUGUAUGGGGAUGUUCUUUAACAAUUUUCAAAAGAAAUAAAGAACAUACCCUACAGAUUUUACUUCUUUUGGAGUGGGUCUGUGGGUUCAUAUUUAUGGAUGCUAUUUUCAGGAACCACUUUUGUGCGUGUGUUGCAAAAUCCUGAACAAAAAGUAUGUUGAGAAAAACCUUGCAAGCUAGAAGCUCCACCUUGGAAGUGUCUCCAUGGAGCUGUAAUAAGUGGGAGCUGCAGCGCUAACUGUUGGCUUAGAGGCAGGUUAGUGAAUAACUGCGAGCUGAGGCUAAACAGGGGCUUUCAGAGUUUGCUUAAUUUAUCAUAUACAGUGUGCUCACCCAACCUUAUCAUGACUGCAUCCUGCUGCUUUGUUGUUUGUUUUUCAAGACAGGGUUCUCUGUGCAGCCCUGGCUGUCCUGGAACUCGCUCUGUAGGCUGGACUGAUCUCAAAACUCAAGAGAUCUGCCUGCCUCUACUUCCUGAAUGAUGGGCUCAAAACCCCCGGCUCAUUCUGAUGCUUUUUUUUUUUUUUAAUCUUGUCACAACACGGAUUGAAGUUAAACAACAAAUUAUGUUGCCACUUCACCCGGAAGUGGUGUUUUCUCUCUGCCCCUUCUUGACAGCUCAGUGGGUCAUCAGCAAAAGGCCCGCUGAGCGCUUUUAAAAGGGGACGCAUUCUGAUGCUUUUAAUCUCUCUUCUAUAAAACACUUUGUGGUAAAGACAGUUGGCUUCUGGAAUCCUUUGUUCUUGGCUGUAUAGAUGGCACAUUCGCUGCAUCUUAAAGUAAAAUCACUUAAAGGGACUUUAAAACCAUUUCUGAAGACAGUAAUAGCAGCCUUUAAAAGCCGAGGAGUGAUUUUCAGUUUGAUAAUGAAAUAAACCUCCGAUAGGAUGGAAGUAAUCGAAAGGAAAAUACUGAUGUGUCUUUUUGUGAGAGAAUUAGGGAGAUGUUAUUUCCUCAGUAUGCAUAAGUAGAGUUUAGACACUUUUUCUGUAAUGAUAUUAAAACUUUGUCUCCUUCACGUUAGGCAGGCUGGGCCUCUUUUUUUUUUUUUUAAACUUUUUUUUUUUUUGAAAAAAAUUGAACUUGGAGAGCUUAUGAUACUUUGCCAAAAUCUAAGUCUGUGACUGUCUCCCUUCUGAUGUAAUGAUAGAGCAGUUCAGAAAGGCACAACAUGCUUAUUCCAUGCCUCAGAUAAAAGAAGAAAAUGGCGCACAGAGUUUGGCAGACUAAAUUUGUAACUUGGCUUUGGACUCUACCCACUUCCCUUGUUUUCGCCUCAGUAGCAAGGUAACCUCCAGCUCCACUCUUCAGUUGAACUUACACCAAAAGUAAACCCCUAGGGUGAAGCCUUCACCAGUACUCCAGCUUUUCUAAUUGGAGAAUGACCUUUUAAAGCCAAAACUGUCGACCGCCCUUGUGAUACCUGUAGUGCUUGAACUUCUUAAGCCUUGAGAACUGCACGUGGAUGAAAUAAAAAGCAGAUUUGUAGUUUAUCUUUGAAGCAGGAUUUCUGUUCAUUUAAACAACUUCAGGAGGCUGAAGAGGUGCUUCAUGAUAGUGAGUUUUGGAAUUUUGGUCUCCUUGGAAGCACGGAACUGUCAGAAGAAUAUAUUUUUGUUUUGACCCCAGGUAUGGGGAUCUGGAGCUGCUUCAGACUAUCGGAAGCAGCUGGCCGUGAUUUGAUUUGGGCUCUAGGUUUUGUCAGCUGCAGAUCGUUUCUGUGAUUGUGUGAUGUUUGGAACUCGGGAAACGUUUCAGAGAGUACAUAAAAUGUGAGGGCCCUGAGAGGUGGGGUCGGGGUUGUUGGUAUUUAGGGAGGUUCUUUGUGGUUUGUGAAGAGCUGUGGUGAGAGAGAGAGAGAGAGAGAGAGAGAGAGAGAGAGAGAGAGAGAGAGAGAGAAAGAGAGAGAGAACAACAAAAAAAAAGAAAAGAAAAGAAAGAAAGAAAGAAAGAAAGAAAGAAAGAAAGAAAGAAAGAAAUUAGAAUCCCUCUGUCCCUUCUAUCCUUAUUUUUCUCUGUCUAAUGUUAGGGGUGAACCAGGCAUGGGGAAUGGGAGAGGAGCAGGGAAAAAGAAUAAUGCACAGAGUAGCAAAGACCAGCUACAACUCAUUGGUUAACCAGCUCCAGGUUGGUGUGAUGCCUGUGGCUUCACAGGCACCUAAACUCAAAUGCACAUACCAGCCCCACCCCCACACCCAUAAUUAAAAACAACAUAGAAAUACACUCAUGGACGAAACGUUUUCUUUGCUAUUAUUGCAGUACUGGGGAUUGAACCCAGGCUAAUCCUCAUACUAUGAAGCCACUCUACCAAUAAGCGAAGCAAAAAUAUUCUUUAUUAAUUACUAAUGGUGUUUUAUAUAGAUUUAAUAACCCUUUUUGUUUAUAUCUGUGAGAUGGGGUCUCAAUGUUUAACCCAGGCUGCCUCCAAGCCCCCAGAGUACUAGGAUUAGAGAUCUGCACUAGCAUGCCCAGCUUACUAAAUAAUCUUUUCUGAUAAUUCUGGAGCUCUAUGACAUAUACAAUUAAACUAAUUCCUGGGUUGACCAGACGGUAAAGAUUGGGAACCAGUAAUUGGAGGGGCAGGUUGACAGAGGUUUUCAUAGAGCUCUUGAAUUCACUUCUUUGAACCUCUUACCUCAGCCCACCAGAGUGAUGGAGAGUUGGUGGUCUGAACCACCACACUCAAGGGUUUUUUGUUUUGUUUUUCAUUUUUUGUUUUCUUUGUGGUUCUGGGGACCAAUAACUUGAUUGUCUGUGAUGUUAGUUCCCUUCUAAUUUGCCUUCCCUCUCCCUAAGAAACUGCAGCUUGGGUUGUCUGCUUAAUUUUGUUCCUGAUUCUCUAAAACUAGAGCAGAAGCCAGAGGAUUAUUCAAGCAAAUACUAUCCUUAUAAUGUGAAGAUGUAUCUAUUCCCCAGUUCAGUAAAUGUAUGGAGAGCUGGAGAAAUUGUCCACUAAAUCAGGGAUGAUGAAGAUGAUGGGAUGCAGUAGAACAUCCCUCUAAUUCUAGCACACAGGAAGCCGAGGCAGGAAGAUUCAGAGUUCAAAGCCAGCCUGAGCUACAUUAUCUUAAAUACAUAAUCAAUACAUCAAGUUUUACAAAGGUAUGCUGAUUCGUAAACAUAUCUCCUUGACCACCAGAUAAGCAUCUCUAAACUCUUGGGCACAAAAAUUUCUGCAUGGAAAAUGACACUUUUAAAUAUUAAAUCUGAAGCCUGGGCAUACUCUCUGAUUACACUAGGAACUGAAAUGUUAAGUUCUUUCUUCAGUUUCUACUAUAUGAAACUUUUCUUAGAAGUAUACAAGAUUUCAGAGCUGGCCUUCUAUCAGUCCCAGGUAAUUUUAAUGAUCUGGAAUAUUCUGACUGACCUGAGUGGGUAUUUCCACAUGAGUUCUCAGAAUGACUGCUGUCUCAGUUACCGUUGCUCCCUGCUUGGAGCCCUUCUGCAUGCCGUGGCCUUCUUGCUCCCUUGGUUCCCUUGGAAACACUAUAGAGAAAGUGACUGGCUUACCGGACUCCAGCUGGUAGUUUCCCUGUGUGCAUUUGACAGCACCCACACCUGGGUACAGCAAGCCCAGUGUCGCCUGUUUGCAGAGACUUCCCCCAGGCACGAGAGCAGGCUGCAGCUGACCAGAAUUAACCAGGUGGCAUCCCUGGUGGGCUCCACCAGCAUCCUUUUCUGUGGCCUCAUCUCUCACAACAUGGAAAUCCUGCCCAAUUUUCAAGCCAUUGCUGUCCUCAUUGCCUUCCUGGCUUUGAUUAGCUUUUACAGUGGCAUGUUCCAUAUGAGACGGUUUGAAUUUCAAAGAAUCCCAGAGGAAAAUUUCCUCUCAGAGAGUGAACAGGAGUUGGCAGGGACCUCUGUCAUCUUACUGAUGAGACAAAUCUUGCCUCAGAGGAACCUCUACCUUUUCCUCAUCAUGAAUUUCUUCCAAGUCUUCCAUUUGACCUUCUUCAGUAACUUCAUGAUGAUCUUUGUAGACAACCUCAUUCCCAACAAGGCCCUCUCUUCUUCCGUAAGGAGCAUCAUGUAUGGGGCUGGCUUUAUCUGUCCUCAGUGCCUGGUACUUCUAGGUCAGUCCUGGCUGAAGACAUACGGUUACUAUAAGGUUAUUUUACUUUCUUUCUGCCUAGAAGGGGCAGCCGCCCUUGUCAUGCUACUUCUGGGACAGGAACACUAUUUCUGCUUGGCUGUUUACCUCACUGUUAUCAUGGUGAUUGUACACACCUCGUUUUGCUUAUUUAAUUUGCCAGUGGCUGACAUGGUCGAUGCAGAUUUACUGAAGUGUAAGAGGCAGUCUUCUCUUUCCUUGAUGGUUUCUGUCAUCAAUGCUUUAUUCACCAGAUCUGCCCAGUCUUUAGCCCCCAUAUUGAUACUGUCUAAGCUCAGCCAGCAUGGGUACAGAGAGCUGACCAGCAGAACACUUUUAGAUCUCCAGGACAGCAUGUUUGGUUUGGUUUGUGUCAUUUCCCUGGGCAUCGCAACAGUGCAGAUUCUGACUUGGAGCUCCUUCUCCAUCAGCAAGAGAAGAGACUGCCCAGGGAUGGUGUAAGCACAGUACCUGUGCCACCGCGUCACGUGCUUGUCGAUUCUCACAGGCUAUGCUGCACUCAAAGCAGAAAUGAUCUUUAUUCCCUCUCAUUUAAAAUCCAGAGCAAAUAAAGCAAAGCUAACAGCGUG